CCAAUGAAUUUGUUCAACAACAAUGUGUUCACAAUAUGUCUUGAAGGGUUAAGACGUGAACAACGCAAGUCAUUCAGUGAAAAUAUUAAGAAAAUGAAAGCUUUCUUCAUUUUGUGUAUGAUAAGCUCAUUAAGAAGUGAACCACAACUAGAUUUGCCAAAAAUCCACACUACAUCGCCCCCAUCACAUGAUGGUCGGGAACGUCCGGAAGUUUUAGUGUUGCCAAAUAGUUACACAAGUGAAAAGCAUGAUACACAAAGGAAAAGUCCACCUUACGAUAGUAUCGAAAACGACGAAUAUCCAGUAAAUCAGAAGAUUCAAGAACGAGUUAGAUAUGAUUACAUUCCAACUAAAUUUGACUCUAAUCGUGAUAAUGUCAAAGUAACACCUAAUAAUGAUGAUUAUGAUAUUAGAAAUCAACAAUUUCCGAAUCAUAAUUAUCAAAAUAAUUUCAAUAAUCCCUAUGGAGGUGAUGCCUUCAAUAAUGGAAAUGGAUUUCAACAAAAUCCUUAUGACGCUGAAUAUGAAAGAAAAAUUCGAAUUGAAACUGAAAAUCUUCGUAAAUUUCUAAUCGAGAUUGAUAAGAAAAACUCAGCCGAAUGCACUUUGAAUGUUGCAGCUCAGUGGGCUUUUGAAACAAAUGUUAAUGAAGUUACUCAGAUCGAUGCUUUAGCAGCUCAACAAAGAUAUUCUGAUUAUAUGCGAUCAAUUUGGGAACAAAUUAAAUUGAUUGAUAAGACGUCUUUAUAUGAUGAAAACCUUCAUCGCCAAUUAAAACUUCUAGCUUCCAUUGGACCAUCAGCUUUGCCAGCUGAUCAAUUAGAUCGGUAUAAUAGAAUUAUCAACGACAUGUUGGCAAUUUACAACAGUGCAACAAUUUGUGGAUAUGAACAACCAUUUCAAUGUUCUUUAAGACUUCAACCACAUCUCAAAGAAAUUAUGGCAAAAAGUCGAGAUUGGGAUGAGUUGACUUGGGUAUGGACAGAAUGGAGAAGAAAAGCGGGAAAACCAAUAAGAGAUUUAUUUGAGCAACUCACAGACUUAACCAAUGAAGCUGCAAAUUAUAAUAAUUACAAAGAUGCUGCUGAAUAUUGGUCGUUCCAAUUUGAUACUCCAAACUUUCGUUAUGAAAUGGAAGACGUUUGGAAGGAAAUUCUUCCCUUGUACGAACAACUUCACACUUAUGUGCGACGAAAGCUGAGGGAGUUUUAUGGCCCUGACAAAAUCAACCGCAAUGCUCCGUUACCCGCCCAUAUCCUUGGCAAUAUGUACGGUCAAAGUUGGAAUAUUUUAGACAUAACAGUUCCAUAUCCCGGUCGAUCAAAUUUAGAUGUGACCCCAGCAAUGAGAGCUCAAGGCUACUCACCUUUGAUCAUGUUUCAACUUGGAGAAGAGUUCUUCACGUCAAUGAAUAUGACGGCAAUGCCACCGGAGUUUUGGGCGCAUUCAAUAUUCGAAGAACCUGUCGACAGGCCAGUGUUAUGUCAGCCGUCAGCGUGGGAUUUCUGUAACGGCGCAGAUUAUCGAAUCAAAAUGUGCACCGAUGUAACUCAUAAAGACUUCGUAACCGUUCACCAUGAGCUGGCUCAUAUUCAAUAUUUUUUGAAUUAUCACAACAAUCCCAAAGUGUUUCGUGAUGGCGCAAAUCCAGGAUUUCAUGACGCUAUUGGUGAUGCUAUAAGCUUAUCAAUCACUCCGAAACAUUUGCAAGGUCUUGGACUUAUUCAAAAAUCUAUUGACGAUACAGCCCACGAGAUCAACUUCUUAUUCGCCAUGGCAAUGGAUAAAGUUGUCUUCUUGCCAUAUGCAUUGGCCUUGGAACAAUGGCGAUUUGAUGUCUUUAGUAAAAAGGUCCACAAGGAGCAGUUCAACUGCCAUUAUUGGUUAUUAAGGGAGAAGUAUGGGGGAAUAAAACCACCAGUCUUAAGAUCAGAAUUGGAUUUCGAUCCCGGAGCUAAAUAUCACGUUCCAGCUAACGUACCAUACAUGAAAUAUUUCUUCUCAACAGUUUUUCAGUUUCAAUUGCAUCGUGCCAUGUGUAUUGCAUCGAAGGAAUUCGAUCCUUCAAAUCCCUCAAAGCCAUUACAUAAAUGCAGUAUUUAUCGUCAUCAUGAAGCUGGUCACAUGUUGAAAAAAUUAAUGUCAAAAGGAGCAUCACAGCCUUGGCAACAUACGAUUCAGGAAGUUAUGGGUGAAGGUCGCCUUGAUGGAUCAGCUGUUCGCGAAUAUUUUAAACCACUUGAAGAAUGGCUGCGUAAUGAAAAUCUAAGAAAUCAAGAAUAUCUCGGUUGGAAUUACGAUGGUGAUUAUUGCAAAAAAAGUAUUGAGACGGCGAAUCUUCAAGUGUUUGGUGGCUUCUAUAAUGAUUCUACUUACGCUUCGAUAAGCACGAAGGGCUUGAUCUCUUCAAUUUUCCUUAGAUUUUGCUUCCAAUUCAGUUUUGAUUAUUUUUAUAAAUAAAUGUUUAGAUGUAAAUUAAUAUUUAAAAAUAAAAUGAUGAAAGUUUUACUUUU